UUAUGACAGUUGGACAUUCUGUCUGUGAUCUUCCGCAUGGCGGCCACCUUCAGGCAACAAUUUAAGUUGGAUAAAAACUUCAUAUAUGGACAUCGAUGUUUUAGAACUUUAUCAUAAAAUUCAUACGAGAUUAUCGUCUCUUCUCAGCCACCUCAGUGAAAAAUAUGUGUAAAAAGUGAAUUACCUUUGAGCCUAAACCACGGCUCGCUUUCCAUUUUCUCAAAUCCGGCGUCAUGGCUUUGAAACGACCAAAAAAGAACUUGAAACUCCAGGUCUCAACAGAAGCUCCUGCUCCUUUGACGCCACCAAGGAACUUAGACAAGAGAACGACGAUAACAAUAGACGAAAAGACUUUUGUGGUCGAGGCCGAUGACCUUGAGACACUUUGUGUUCUGGGCCGAGGUGCUUAUGGAGUUGUAGACAAAAUGAAGCAUAAACAAAGUGGCACUAUUAUGGCCGUUAAGAGAAUUACAAUGACUGUAAACACUCAAGAGGAGAAACGCCUAUUAAUGGACCUAGACAUAUCAAUGCGAAGUUCGGCAUGUCCGUACACUGUUGAAUUUUACGGGGCAUUAUUUCGAGAAGGCGAUGUGUGGAUUUGCAUGGAGGUGAUGGACAUGAGCCUUGACAAGUUCUACAUGAAAGUCUACCAAAACGGGAAAUCUAUCCCCGAGGACAUCUUAGGAAAAAUAGCCUUUGCUGUAGUAAGCGCGUUACAUUACUUAUACUCACAAUUACGAGUGAUUCAUAGAGAUGUAAAGCCUAGUAAUAUAUUGAUAAAUAGAAAAGGAGAGGUCAAGAUCUGCGACUUUGGAAUAUCCGGUUAUCUCGUAGAUUCUGUAGCGAAGACGGUCGACGCUGGCUGCAAACCUUACAUGGCUCCUGAAAGGAUAGAUCCUUCCGGGAAUCCUUCACAGUACGACAUAAGAUCGGACGUUUGGUCAUUAGGAAUUUCACUUGUAGAAUUAGCAACUGGUACUUUUCCUUAUGAAAGUUGGGGGACACCUUUUGAGCAACUUAAACAGGUGGUGAAGGACGACGCACCAAAGUUGCCUUCUGGAAAAUUUUCUUCUAAUUUCGAAGAGCUUAUUAACAAAUGCCUGAUGAAAGACUAUAAAAAUCGACCGAACUACAACCAACUUCUUCAGUUAAGUUUCAUAACCGAGCACGCUGCAAAGGAAACGGACGUCGCAACGUUUGUCGCCGAGAUCAUCGAUUUACCUGAAAGAAGCGAGACUAAAUAGUAGGAAUAAUUAAAGUAGUUCCUGAACCGAAAUCCUUAAGUAAUUAUGCGCUUUGCACCCACCCUCAUUUGAUUUUCACCCGUAAUCAAAUUGUCAUUUGCAUCUGACAACUUUCAUAGCAUUAGUGAAACGAUCGCAGAGGAGAUUAGUGACAUAAUUGUGAUCUCGCGAUCGAGAUACUAUUUAAUUUUUCGUUAUUGCGUUAAGGCACGUGAGUACUCUUCUGAGAGGAAAAAAAAGUUGUUCCUACUUAUCCACCGUUCCUCGAGAUUAGAAUAAAAACGAAAUGCAUGACCUAUGUGAAUCGAAAUUAUUUUAAUACACUGCCAAUAAGAGAAGAACUAACUGUAUACCAUAAAAAUGGCCUUUGGACAGUCUUGACUGUCUUGAAACUUUAAUAUAUAAUAUUUUGUCUGUCGCAAGGACAGAAAAAUCUUUAUUUUUUGAAGCAAUCUCAAAUUUUCUGAGUGAUAAUUUUUGGGAGCUCUAAUUAAAUGAAAUACUUCGCAUCAAAGAUGGACUGUGCAGGUGAUCAUACUUUUUGUAGAUAUAUAGCAUAUUACUGUCACGUUUGUUUUAUACAUUCUACAAUUACAUGUAAUACACUUAUUUACAAUAAAUGAGGAA